AUGGAAAAAGAGAGAAUGAGCAAGGAAAAGGAGGACAGAGCAGAAAGAGCACGACUUGAAGAAAUUGCUCGUGUACAAGCAGAAGAGGAGAGGGUAGAAAGAGCAAGACAAGCAAAGAUUGCUCGUCUAAAAGAAGAAGAGAGAAUCAGAGCAGAAGAAAAAGCCACUCGAGGCUUGGAGCACUUCUCUAGCUCUGAUAAAUAUGAUGACCAAGAACAUUUUGGUGAUGUUUCUGGGUCAAAUACAACAAGUGAAGAGAGUGAAGAGGAAGAAGAAGAAGAAGAUGAUGAUGAUGAGGAGGGAGGAGGUGAAGCAGAGCCAGAGCAACCUAGGAUGUUGAAUAGGCACAUUUAUUUCCCUAGCCCAACUCCUAGAGCUACCACUUCAUCUGACUCCAGUGGUCAAGACAUAGAGAUCAUUGAAACAGAGAGAGAUGGAGCUUCCCCUUCAUCUCACGACGCCCAAGCGCUCAUUCCUCUGAAUGUCCCUGUGGACUACGUCACCCAGUCGGCCAUGAAUACUUUGGAUGACCCUCUCCUCAAGAAGGUGGCAAAUUUCACCUUAGACUACAACAGCAAGGCCACGGAGGCAGCAGAAUCGAUACGGCGUUCAUUGACGGCCUUCAGCUAUCACACAGAUAUGGAGAUCCUCAGAGUCUCGGAUGCCGCAGAAGAGAUCCUCAAACUCUUUGAGGAAAAAAUAAAAUCCAUGCCCCAAGCAGAAGAGCAAAGGCCAAAGAGGAUAAUGGAACCGUCUGUAUAUGCUUCGACCUUAAAGAGAAUGAGGCUUGACGACGAUGAGGAUCCAGACAUGUCUGGCCCUCAAAGUCGUCAAGAGAGGGAGACUCCACCCACAGCCGCUCCAAGUGUCACACCAAGGGCUGCCCCCUCUGCUUUCUCUGCCUCUGCCCCAAGCCAGCCAGCACCAAAGUCAUCACGGAGAGAGCAUAGAAUGAGCCAGCCCAUGCAGAGGCGCUAA